UUCCAUGACGCGGGCGCGUGCGCUCUGCGCCAGUAGUUGUAGUUGUGCAGUUUCCUUAUCUGUUUUCAUUCCGACUUCCGAGCAUUUCUACAGUACCGUUCGACGGCGGCUGACUUGUUGUUUACGGUUUUUUUUUAAUGUUACAACAUUCACAACCGCAAUAAUAAUAAUAAUAAUAUUAUACAUUUAUACGUUAUUAUUAGUGUUAUUAUUAUUAUUGCAUACCGUUCGCGUUGUGUUUUUCUCGUGUGACCCGUCAACGAACAUCCGGACCUUGGUGAAGCGGAAGGAAAUCGCAGGACGACGGACACGCACAGGUUGGUACCGUACACUUAAUGUUACUACCAUCCAGCGUCUGCAAUGAUCGAAAACGCGGAACUGGUCAUGCAAAUGCUGGAGAUGUACCAGAUGUACAAGCAACAGGUUCCCGUGGAACUGGAAGAGUACCUAAGGUACGUAGCAAAGACUGGAAACACACUGUUCCAGUGGACGCUGGUCAAACCGUUUAUUCGUGAGAAGAUAAUGAACGUUAUAGCCGAAUUUGCAGAACAGUCUGCGUUGUCUGACAUACCGCCAUACCCAAAUGUUGACCCGUUCAACUACGAGGCCAUGAAGACCAUGUUGUUGGAACGUUUUGACACAUUCAAUGGGCCCCCGUUCACCAUACAAAGGCUUUGCGAGUUGUUGUCUUGCCCAAGAAAAGAGUACAACCGUGUAGACAAAUUUAUGCGUGCCGUAGAAAAAAACAUAUUGGUUGUCAGUACUUGCGAGUUGAGACCCAAGCGAGAAGAGCCCAUUGUCAAUGGCGUCCCAGACCGGUGGGAAAAUGGAAAAGAGUCUGAUAUCAGUAUGGAAUUGGUAGGUAAAAAUAAUGUUAUUACAGACACAAGUGUCCUAAAUGGUAAUGAUACAGUCGAAAGUCUUCUGAACGAAUUAGAAUCAAUGAAAACUCCUGAAACAAAACCGGAUGAAUCAAAGACAGAACAAAAAGAUCAUCUUGUCGCACAAGUGACAGACAAAGUUGAAUCUAAUAUUACUCCUGAAGAACCCAAACAAGAUACUCCAGUAUUAAUCACCCAAGAUAUACCACUUCAGACACAGAUUACAGACUCUACUACAGAAGUUGUGGAACCAGUCGAUAUUGAUGUCGAACCAGUCGAUGUUGAUGUCGAACCAGUCAAUGUUGAUAUCCUACCAAAUGUUUCCGCUGAACAUGAAUCUAUAGUUGACCAACCCAAAGAGUUAAACUCUGAAGUAAGUGAAAUUCAACCUGUUGAAGUUAAAGAACAAAUUGUAAGUGAUCCUUUAGUUGAUGAGCUUAAAGAUUUAUCCCAAGAUAUAGAGCUUGAAAUUGUCAAACCGAAAACUGAAGAGCCAAUUGUUGAAAGUAAUGAAUUGGAUCAUUUGGAAUUAACACCGACAGAUGCCGAUCGAGUAGAAGGCUCAAUUAUUCAUCAAACUCCUGAUUCUGAUAACAAAGUAGAAUUAGAUAUAGACGUAUCACAAACUGCAGUUGUGUUGGAAAAAUCAGACGAAAAUCUUGAAAGUAUGGAUGUACAAGUUGAAGAUGUAUCCAAAAGUAUGGAAUCAGAAGUAAUCAGUGAUAACGUACAAGAAGAAUGUACAGACCCUACAGAAAUUCAUAAUGACAAACAAGUUGGUGAAUCUACUGUUGAUGUUCCUACUGUAGACCCAAUUUCUAUAGAUAUGGAGGUAGAAUUAGAGAAGACAGAAAAUGACAUUAUCCCUGACGUUAUACCAAAAGAAAGUGUUGAAGAAAAUAAAGACAUCCAGACAACGGAACCUAAUACAACUGUUGAAGAACCUCAAGUACAGGAUGAAAAUAAAUUGACUGAAAGUGAAUAGUCUUAAAAAAUAUUAGCCCUAAAUGAAUAUUACAUAUAUUGACUGGUUAGGUUAAUAAUAAUGAAAUUUUAUCAAUUAGGUAAAAGUUAUGUAAAAUUUAAUGUUUAUAUGUACCUACGUAAUAAAUUCAGAAUAAGUUAUUUCAUUUACUGUACAAAAUUAUUUGCGUAUAUUGCUCUUUUGAUUAAAUCAAUAAUCAAUAUUCAAUUUUUUUUUCAUAUAUAAUUGUAAAUGAAUAAAAAUGUAGUAUAUUUUGAA